CGCCAUUCCGAUUCCUCUAUAUUUCACCUACGUUCAACUAUUAAAACUAUGUGAAAAUCCCCAACGGAGUCUUAAACAAGAUGAAUUUCGCUCCGUUCACGGGGCACAUUCCGUCGGGUACGGGAUUGCCGACCAUACAACAGUUUGCGGCAAAGUUCGGCUACGAGGGUGGGGGAAGUGUGGUUAACUGUGGCAGCGUGGUCCAGGAGAGAAGUUAUCAGGCUCCCGGCGUUCAGUUCACUGUAUCCCCUGGUGGGGCCGUAGCUGUGGACGGCAUGAAGUUCCGGCAAGGAGAAAGUGUGGUCGUCAUGAGCAACCCACAACCGGGAGCCGUAACACUUGCUGGAAUCGGAACUAUGCCGACUGGUGUAAAGUACCAAACGAUAACUUCGUCAUCAACAGUUAACGUCGGAAAUAUUGCUUACACCGGGCAGUAUAUUACUGAAGAAAACCUUAAAGAGAGAGACAAACGGGAAUAUCGUGAGGAGUUGCAGCAAGAUAUCAUGGCUACUAUGAUGCAACAGCAGCAAGUAACCCAAGCACCGCUCCAGCAAGGAACUCAGCAGCUCCUCGUUGUUCUGCACGAGCCCAAAGAGGCAGCCGCCCUCGCCCGCGCACUUAAGCAGGAUGUUCGCCAAGAUCGGACUGUUACUGCUGCACCAGCUGAGUUUAUCAGUAUCAGCGAUAUGUCUGACGGAACCUGGCAAACAAUAGGAAGUGGAGUGGCAGACUACUUGGCAGCAUUACCUCUGCCAUUGCAUCAUCUACUAAAGUACUCGACACCUGAUAAGAGAGACGAAACAAACAUCGCAGCUACCGCCACUGGUCCUACUAUCGCCACUUUGACACAGAUCACUCCAAAUAAUGAGCAUAGCGUGGUGGUACAGAAUACAAAUAUAGUUAACGCUGUGACCACGCACACGCAAGGAACGAAUACGGGAGAUUCUAACUCACUGUACUACAGUAACGGAAGAAAGAAGAAAAAAAAGAAAGAUAUUCAAGUGAAAAAGCCGAGGCCGAAGCCUGGGGAGAUACGGAUAACAACCGCUCUAGAUGGCAGCACGCUGUAUUGCUGCCCGGAGUGUCACAUGGCGUACCCUGAACGAGAUCUCGUUGAUCAACACCUUGUGGGACAUACUAUGGAGAGAAAGUUUAUCUGUGACAUUUGCAACGCGGCUCUAAAACGCAAGGAUCAUUUAACGCGCCACAAGCAAUCUCACAACGCGGAGAGGCCUCACGUUUGCUCGGUUUGUCUGAAGGCCUUUAAACGGAAAGAACAGCUGACUCUACACUUCAUCAUACAUUCGGGCGAAAAACGACACGUCUGCAACGAGUGUGGAAAAGGUUUCUACCGUAAGGACCACUUACGAAAACACACGCGUUCACACAUCGCUCGCCGUGUUAAGGCGGAGUUAUCACAAGAAACAACCACGCCACCUCUCUCACAGGUUGCGCCGGCGCCUCCUUUAGAGCCGUCUUGACAAGGUGCUAUAGACGACUUCUGAAAAUCAUAAUUAUUAUAAUACAGUGCUAUUGUAUAGCAGAGGUCUGAAGCGCCUAUUAAUAAAUAUUAAGUAUUUGAAUAGGCGUGCGACCUAUAGUUCUAAUUCUGAUGUACACGGACUAAUCUAAACCAGAGUCGUAAAAAUUACAGGAAAAUUUAUGUCGUAACUUUUAUUGAAUGAUGAUUGAAUUGAUCAUAAGAUGAUGUCAAAAACGAAUAAUUAUUUGAGAUGAACGGCAUUGGUUGACGUUACAGGAUAACCUUACUGGUCGGAAUAAACCAAACCAUUUCGUUUAUAUAUACACAGUAAAUAAAUAAAGAAAGUUCUAGACUAAUUUAAGAAACUGUACAUCCGAUUUAGACCAUAUAGACAUAAUUCUAUAGUACGUGUAAGUUACGCUUAAAUGUAGAAAAACAGACCAAAUUCAAAAUUGUCUUAACUUUUAAAGUUUAUAAAUUUUAUUAUAUUGUUAUUUUUGUUGAUGUUUAGGACAAUUCAUUAAAUAUUUGGCGAACAAAAUUGUUUAUAAUCAUUAAAAAUAUACAGUGGUCAGGUCAUCACAAUUUAGUACAAAAUUUUAGAUAUAUGCGCCAUUUACCAAGCUGUUGAACAAAUUUGAACGCCUUAACCAUUUUCUAGCAACGGCUUUGAUAUAAUAUAAUACUUUUCAUGCCAAAAAAUGAUGGUUAUAGAACUCAUCCAUAAAUUUACUAUAAACCUCAAAUAGCUAAUGAAUUUCCUAGUCUCGCGUCACUAGGAAAAUAAAUAAUUCUUUAACUAAUUGAGGUUCGUA